AUGAUGCUUGAUGGUGGUCCAUUUCGCCAGGACAGCACGUCGACUCUGCCUAUGCCGGAAAACCAGCAGGAACAAUGGCCAAGCUUGAAGCAUUGCGAGGUGACUGGAAAGAAAGUCGGUGAACACUUGGCCUUUACGGAUCCUGACCUGCACAAGAAGUUGAAGCUCAGGCGAGCCAUCAGCGAAGGUCUCACGCUGGAAGAAGCCGAGCAGCAACUUGCCUUUGAGGAAAGCCAGCUCGAAGACUUUGACCUGCAGCGCAAACUCACCAUGAGGCGCGAGAUCAGUGAGGGUUCACAACACGCCACUCAG